GCCAAGCUUACAUCAGAGCUCAGCCAAGCCCUCCGACUUGUUGGGGGGCAUUGAGCGAGACACGCUCAAGCUCGCCAGUGACAUGGUCGAGGAGCUUAAGGCGGCGGGCAAAGGCCUGCCCGUAUGGUUCUUCACCCCACCCUCAGAUGCCCAGCGCACAGAGCUCGACUCGAUCCGGGUCCUGGGCGCCGAUCCCUAUGCGGAUUUCAGUGAUGCCCUCCUCGCGUCGCCAGACGUGCAGGCCGUCCAGCCGUCGCUCGCGUCGAAUGCCCACUCCACGAGAGGGCCAUCUAACGUGCACUCUGAUGAGUUGCGUGUGAUCGACGGCCACACGGAGGAGUCGCAUCAGUCGAACGGCCACACCCAGUACCCGCCCACGGAGUCACCUCGGGCACAGCUACCUGAGCCAAUAGAGCCUGAGCCAUCGGCGUCCUUUGCUAGCUCGCCGUUUGAGUCUGGGCAGCGUUCAUUACAGCCGACCCCCACUUCGAUUCUUCCCCUAGUCGUUUUGCCCAAGAGCGCAUCACCACCCCACCGAGCUCCCGCCAAGCGCUUCAAAACCCCGUCAGACGACAGCGAGGAGGAUGACGCGGUUCCUGUUGUCUACAAGCACAAAGCACGACGAUCCAAGCCUCUUUCUCGCGCCAAGCUUUUCGCUUCUUCGCCUCCUGUCCCGCAUCCCUCGUCACAACCUACAGGCGAAACCGACGAGGAGGAUCUCUCAGACUAUGAGAGGGAGCGUCGGCGAGGGCAGAAGCAGCCGGCACCGCCGCAGUCAGCAUCUCAGGCAGCCGAGUCGUUGGGCAUCUCGGAAGAAUCCGUCUCUAAAUCGCAAGACUCGGGGAGCUUCAACCUUGCACGCUGUGCGCAAUCGGCACCGCUCGCACCCUCGUCACCCCAUGCCCUCGGCUCGGUGCCGCAGGUAUCGUCUUCGGCGCCAAUAGCCGCUACCCGUGUCUUAGUGCCGACGACCACGGACGAGAGCAUGCCGACAGGCCAAGGGGAUGAAGUCCUGUCCCCACCUGAGCCCGUGAUCCAGCUUCCCACGCCAGACAUGCCUCGCAAACGGCCGCGUGCUUCAGGCGCAACCACCGCAAGCGGCGAAGCCGACGACGAGGCCAGCCUUGGGCGGCCCUUGAAGCGGCCGGCCACUCAAGCGGAUGCCGAGGAGAAGGCGGAGAUGAAGACGCCUGUGAAGAGCUCAUGGGAGCCGCCACCGGGUCAGCGUGUGCCAGCGACUAUCACCAAGUCGACCCUUCCUGCACCUUUGUCUAUCGCGGAGGCCGUGCAGCUGGUUCUCCCAGGAUACAAGCCGGAUCUGACUGCGCUGUCCGUGCCAGGUUUAUCGAGGGAGCUCGUUGAGGUGGUGCAUGCGAAGGCGAUCGAGGAGAAGGCGGCACAGAGGGCGCGGCGUCGAUCGAGUAAGCGGUAGCGGGUUGCAUUGGUGUUGGCACCCGUCGCACUGCGGUCCAUGUAUAGAUAGUCAAUCCCGGAAAGGGUUUAAAGCAUCCUCGCCAC